ACAGUAAGGUGGAAAGAGCUUCAUGCAAGAAAUUAAAAACACUAAAAAUAUAUGUCUUGUUGUAACUUAAAAGGCCUGGGAGAAUAAAAAGGUCUUCCUUGGCUGCCUAAAAAACUAUAAUGUAGGCACCACUGAGGUUUUCUGGGGAUGGCAUUACAUUAAACGGCACCACCACUAAAGAAGCCCUCUCCCUCGUCACAACCUCCCUGACUUCAUUAGGCAGAGGAACUGGGAGAAAGACCUCUGAUGACAGUCUCAACGACCAGGGAGAAGGCAAUUGUUCAGGAUAUCAAUCCGCCUAUCUGGGAUGCUACUAACACACAUUUUAAGAGAUUCUUCGCUGCAGACAUCUAGUUGUUUAAUCUCUAAGGUGUUUCCAACAGUACUGCUGGCAGCUUCUGUAAGUUUAUUCUGUUUGGCCAGGUCCCACAUUGUAGCCAGGGCCGGCCCCAGACAUGCUGAGGCCCUUGGGUACCAGCCUGCCCUGGGCCCCUCCGCGGACCACAAGACAGGAGCUUCCGCGACUUCCGGGAAGGGUGACUUAGCCUGUGCCUGCUUUUGAGACGGGCUCCUGCCUCAAAAGAAGCUUAUUCAGAUAUAUCAGUCAGUUUUUUCUUUUUUUUUUGACUGAUUAAACUUCUCCCGGGUAGGGAGAAACGAAGAGAUUAACCUCAAAGCCUAUUUUUGUUGGGACGACCAGAUCUCAUUAAUUUAUGGGACGAGGUCCAGCCGACGAUUUAUGGGACGGAUUUUCAACAGCAAGCUCUAUCUGUUAAAGCGAACGUUCAUCUUAUCUUCUAAGAGAGAACGCACUAACAGGCAAGCACCCUUCUUUCUAUAUUUUUCUUUUACUUGACUUAAAUUGUUGCUGUUUAAAAGAGAUUUGCCAGAUUGAUCAGUUUUUGACAUCUCACUGGGGAGCCAUAACUUCUCUCUGCUACGCACUAAUUAAUAGCUUAUCUCUGUUUUUGUUGCAAAAAGCUGUCCUGGAUUUGCAUUCUAAAGAUAUACACAGAAGAGGGAUUUCUAUUCCAGAUUUUUAUUUUGAAAAAUAUUAUACUGUUUUGAGACUACUCUCUUUUUGGUCUAUUUUAUUUUGACGAAUCUGUUUCUUGACGAUUGCCAUUAAUUGUUUCGAUCCUGGGAACUGCAUUUUGUUUACUUAACUAUUGGAGAGAUAAGGCUGUCUGCUCUGUUUAUACUGUGAUGUCACCAAGUUUGGAGAAUUAACCCAAUUGUUGCUGAAAUAAGAAGUGGUUUUCCUAUAUUUUUCUUUUAAAAUGGCAAUUAAGAAAGUGGCUGAAAAUCUGGAAAUAACUAUGUUUCAUAAAAUAAUGGAUGAGAUUGAGAUAAUGAAAAUUGAAUUGAGUAAAAUGAAGCAGGAGAUUAAAGAUAUAAGGGUCCCUGUGAGAGAGGUGACCCUGGAAGGGGUCCCUGUGAGAGAGGAGACCCCGGAGAUUGGAACAGGGGUCCCUGUGAGAGAGGAGACCCUGGAGACUGGAAUAGGGGUCCCUGUGAGAGAGGAGAUCCCGGAGAUUGGAACCAACGUGGAACAGGAACAAGAUUUGGAGUUUAUGGACUUUAGAAAUAAAAUCUAUUGUUUGGAACUCAAUGUUAUCUCUGAAGAAAUGAAUGAAGAUUCUAGAGAUAAAGUUAUCAAUGGCAUGGAUAAUCUUCUGGACUGGAAUGAUGUGAUGGAGCCCAAUAUAGAGAAAAUCUAUGGAAUUAACUGCAGCCAUGUGACAAUGGAAAAACUUUUAAGAGAUGACCCAGUGUAUUUUGAAAAAAAGAACAGAGAUAUGAUUUUACAGCAGUAUUUCAGCAACCUAUUCAGAAUGGAUGGCAAGAAAAUAUUUGGGAUAGAGGUAAUUCCCAUCAGACUCUUACUAUAUGACUAUGGCUUUGACAGCAAGAUUAUUAUGGAAUACUGAUAAUGGAAGAUUGGAUAUUGAAAUUACUGGACUUAACAAGACUACUGAAGAUGGAAGAUGGAAAAUGGAACUAAUAGAGAUAAUAGAACAAUGGCUACUGAAAUUAUUGA